GGAAUAAGUGGCUUCAGAUUCCUGAAGGUUAGGACUCAUCCGUCUCGACCUCGCUGACAACAACCUCCGGGGACCCUUUCCGGACAAUCUCACGCACUCCAGCUCUCUCUAAAGGUUCUUGCGACUCUAUGUUUCUGGUUUGCUACAAUCUGCAUCGAUCAAGAUGGUGCUUCAGAACGAUACCAAUUUGCUUCACCUACCAGCUGAGCUCGAAAAGAGGAAGCAUAAGCUCAAAAGGCUUGUGCAAACGCCCAACUCAUUUUUCAUGAAUGUUAAGUGCCAAGGAUGCUUCAGCAUAACAACCGUAUUUAGUCACUCACAAACAGUUGUGGUGUGUGGGAACUGCCAAACAGUGUUGUGCCAGCCUACUGGAGGUCGAGCCAGGCUCACCGAGGGUUGCUUUUUCAGAAAAAAUAGAGACUGA